GAGAAGCCAAGCGAAUACAACUUAAAUGUAGGAUUCGGCAUAGCUCAAAUGCUAAGAUGGAGUACCAGUAUUUAUUUUGACGACAUACUAUUGGAGAUAACUAAAAUGCGCGAUAUACCAGAGAGUGAGGAUAUUGAUGGCGAUGAUUAUCUUUACAGCAGUAUUGAACAAGCAGAGCGAGAUCUUUUGUUCAAAGGCACAAUUAGAAAACUGGAAGUAAAAUGGAAAAUGCUAGGAACAAAGAACGCUACAUUCUUCAAUCCACAGCCGAGAAUACGUUAUAUAGAGGGUGUUUUUGUUUAUACUUUCGAUGAUGACGGACUUAUAGGAGAACAUCGUAUACAACGUAUUGUACCGCCGCCUAGUCGACGUGUCCUAUGGUUGCAUUCUUGGGGAGUUCGAUUACGAUCAUUGUUCUGGGAAAAAAGAGCACCACUUUUAAACCCAGGAUUCUAA